AUAUGUCCCUGCUUCAUGUAAAUGCACUCUCUGCUCUUCCACUGUCUUUAUUCAAACUCUGUGAGUCCAGCCCCGCGUCGCGAUGCUGCCCUCGGCUGCAGUUUUCCGGUUCCCCUGGGAGUUGACCUCUGGAGGUGUGCAGGACGGACAGUCCGUCAGGACCUUCGGCAGACUUGUGGACUAUCAGCCUGAGGAGUCGAUGGCUACGCUGUCGAGUCAGCAUGCUUCUAAAGAGCAUCGUGUGGUUGUACACACAAUGUUUGUGGAACCCUUUAACCCAAUCCUUGGAGCCCAGUACAUAGUCCUGGGUGAGACCGAGAACAGUGAGGGUGUUGGUGUGACAGUCCGUGCUCGUGUGCUGAACUGCGUUGAUGGUGUAAACAUCGCUCUGCUCCAGAAAGCAAUCGAAGAGCAGAGGAACUUCUUCCGGGAGAGGGAGCACAAGAAGGCUGAUGCUGCACAAUCUGUAGAUGCAACCUGAUCAUGUUUCAGUCCUCUUCAUCCGUUGCUUUACACAAGUCUUGUGGUUUACUUCUGACACCGACGGCUUUCUGCAGUUGAUCGAUUGUUUUGUACAAAACUGAAGUUCCAAACUAGGGUUUUAAUGAGAUUUUCACUUUUUGUUGUUGAAAAAUCAUGAUGUGUUGGGAUUAGUAAUUGAUUUAUACAUGUUUGGCAUUUCCAGCCUUGUUUUCACUUCUGUGAUUUUUCAGCUCCUGCUCUGAAUAUACAGUAUCUUUUAAUGUGGCUUUAUUCUUGAUUGAUUCUUGAAUUAUUAUUCCAAAAAAACGUAAUCAUGAUCCAGUGAAAUCAUGUAUAAGACCCUCUUACUUAUGAUGAAUUAUGAAUCCCCAACAUUCCAGGGAUCUAAUUUCACCUGCUGAAGUUAAAUCUGUGGAGGCGCUUCUUUGACAUAUGUGUCCAGAGACGACUUUGUUCGUAGAUGUUCACAUGAAUUAAAUGUUCGAUGGGUAAAUACACUAGUUUAAAAAGGUUUGAACUGGAAAAAAGUAUAUGUUCAUUAUGUGUUUCUCAUUCUAUACCUAAUUUUGUGAAGCUUGAAGGUUUCUUCCAAUAGUCAAGUAGUAAAUUAACAAUUGCUAAUAAGGUUUUGCUGCAAAGAUGUUAAAUAUUUUCUAUUUCCAACCUCUAAAAUGUGUCAUGGAGCUAUUGAAAAUGCUAAAAAAACAAGGAAAAUAAAAGGUUAUUUUAUAUUUUA